CAAGUCGCGCCAAAACUCUCCAUCUGUGCGGUGUAGCAGAGACGACCCGACCGCGCAUUUUAACGUUGUUCCGACUUCAAGUUUGCUGUUUACUUACUUACCUCCCACCCUACCUACCCAUUCUUCGCAUGGUUACCGACACCUGCACUGACACACUCUCUUGCUUCACUCGGCUCUCAAUCCAUCCCCACCUUCGAAGCAGCGACCCGCCCCUUCCGCCCCGCCCUUUUCCAUCUUCUUGUCUUGCCUGCUUACACGUCGGUGCGUUUUUCUGAACAAAACACGACACACACCCCCCCUUGGACAUGGCCGAAUGAUGCGACGAGUUGUCGUGACAGGUCUCGGUGCCAUCUCGCCUUUUGGUGUCGGCGUGCGCUCCACAUGGAAUCGUCUCUUGGCUGGCCAGUCUGCCAUCACCAGCGUGGCCAACUUGGAGCCGCAAAGCCGCUGGAAAGAUCUGAAGAGCACAGUUGCUGGCGUAGUCCCCAGCCAUGGCUCAGAUCCAGACCAUUGGCGGCCUGACGACUGGCUGGAUGCCACGGAACAGCGUCGCAUGUCUAGGUUUGCCCAGUAUGCCGUGGCAUGUGCUGAGAUGGCUAUGAAAGAUGCUGGGUGGCAGCCGUCCUGCCAGGACGACCAAGAGGCCACGGGCGUCUGCCUCGGAAGCGGCAUAGGAAAUCUUGAAGAGAUCUACGAAACGAGCUUGGCAUUUGACCAACAAGGCUACAAGAAAGUUUCGCCGCUAUUCGUCCCCAAGAUUCUCGUCAACUUGGCUGCUGGCCACAUCUCAAUAAAAUAUGGGCUCCGGGGACCGAACCAUGCCGUCACAACCGCUUGUACCACUGGCGCCCACUCCAUUGGGGAUGCCAUGCGGUUUAUUGCUUUCGGGGACGCGGACGUCAUGGUCGCUGGUGGUACUGAAUCUUGCAUCCAUCCCCUAACCUUUGCCGGUUUCGGAAGGGCAAGGUCCCUCUCCACGGCCUACAACCACGACCCCCACGCCAGCUGCCGUCCCUUUGACCGCGACCGCAACGGUUUUGUCAUCUCGGAGGGGUCGGCAGUUUUGGUGCUGGAGGAACUCGAGCACGCCAAGGCUCGGGGCGCUCGUAUCUACGCGGAAGUGAGGGGUUACGGCUGCAGCGGCGAUGCCCAUCACAUGACAGCCCCGCGCGAAGACGGCCAUGGAGCUUUCCGCGCCAUGAAGCUUGCCCUCAAAAACGCCGGCGUUCGACCGGAGGAGGUGAACUACAUCAACGCGCACGCCACUGGGACGCAGGUGGGCGACGCGGCAGAGGCUUCCGCGAUACGACUCAUCAUGACAGGCGAGGAGGGUUACGCGGACGAGUCGUGUGUCACGGUGAGCAGCACCAAGGGUGCCGUCGGCCAUUUGUUAGGGGCGGCUGGCGCCAUUGAGGCACUGUUCACCGUGCUAUCAGUCGCCGAGGAUAUCGUGCCACCCACGCUGAAUCUCGAAAACCCGAACGUCGGGGGAUCCAUGAAUCUCGUGCCGCUCCAAGCGCAGACCAAACGGGUUGACAAUGCUAUCUCUAACAGCUUCGGCUUCGGCGGCACGAAUGCCUCGCUUGUUUUCUCCAAGCUUCACUAGAGCGAGGAGAGCGGUGCCGAUGCAGCCAGAAGAACCUAGCGAUGACAGGCGUAUCCACGUUUUAUCGAGAAUUGGCUCAUACUUUUUGGUUUUGGUUUUUGCAUGUCUGUUUGCUUUACUUUGAAGAGCUAAUUAUGGAGCCUGAGUAUCGUACAACUCGAAUGAUUGGACUACGGAGUUCUAAUAAAUAUACUUGCCGGUGGGCGUGCGUGGUCCGCAUGCGUGGCCAGUAUCUGUCAUGAGUAGGUAGCAGCAUGAGAUGAAUUUGGCGAACACCAUCUCCGACGUAAAAGUGUGAACAAGGAAAGGAACAUGUCCAAACUGAGAUACAAGCAAGGAAGACCAAGCCCAAAGCUGAGAUGGGUGGCCAAGGUAGACCCUCGUAAGAUCGCACAGGACAACUACUCGGAAAGAUGAGCGCACAUCCAAAGUAAGCCGUAAACCAUAUAGUAAUAAUGUGGUUG